CAGCAGUACUUGCAGUAACCUCAACGUCGUCAGCAGAGGCAGCCUCUCUAGCAGUUCUUCAACCUCUUCAGAAAGCCUUAAUUCCAGCUCAUCACCUAUAGGAAAUCAGUUCCUUACACUUCAAGCACCUACAGCCUUACCUAAAAGCGCAAAAUCGCCCAAUUUCGCCCACCACAGUCAGCAAGAGCUAUUUCAACCAUGGCCACCGCAGUCGAGAACACAACCGAGUUCGACUUCAUUGUCGUGGGCGACUUACCUUACACUACUUACUUAGGUGGUACUGCUGGCUGUGUCGUAGCUGGCCGCCUCGCCGAAAACCCCAACGUCAAAAUCCUGGUCAUUGAAGCCGGCAUCAGCAACCCCGGCGACGUCGACGCCAUCACGACGCCUGCUCGCGCCUUUGAGCUGCGCGACAGCAAGUAUGACUGGGCUUACAAGACGACCAUGAUCGACCGCCCGGAAUACACCCGCAUCGAGAAGCCGAACACGCGCGGCAAGACGCUCGGUGGAAGCAGCUGCCUCAACUACUAUACCUGGAUUCCCGGUAGCGCCGCCACGUUUGACGACUGGGCCGAGUUCGGCGGCGACGAGUGGACGUGGGAGAAGUGCCGCGAGUACCUGUACAAGCCGGCUACCUACCACGACGACCAUAAGCUCUUCUCCCCCGAGCUCAAGUACAUCGGCCAGGACGGACCCCUCCCAAUCUCCCACUCGGACCUGAUCCCCGAGGUGGCCGGCUUCCGUAACGCGCUGACCAGCGCCUGGCUGAGCAAGGGCGAGCAGCUGACGGACGACGUGCACAACGGCACGAUGCGCGGUCUGUGGAAGUGCCUCAACAGCAUCUACAACGGCAAGCGGUCCUCGUCGUGGAUGUAUCUGGUCGGCAAGCCCAACGUCGCGGUCAUGUCCAAGACCAACUCCAAGCGCCUCGUCAUCGAGAACGGCAAAGCCAUCGGCGUGGAAGUCAUCGGACCCGACGGCAACGAUUACUCCUUCACCGCCAAGCACGAAGUCAUCGUCUCAAGCGGCGUCUUCGAGUCCCCCAAGCUGCUCAUGCUCUCCGGCAUCGGCCCCAAAUCCGCCCUCACCCAGUACGGCAUCACCGCCGUCGUCGACUCCCCCCACGUCGGCCAGAACCUCCUCGACCACCCGAUCCUCCCGCACGUCUUUCGCAUCAAGGACGGUCACGGGCUCGACAACCACCUCCUGCGCGCGGGCCUCGAAAAGGACGCCGCCACGUCGGCCUACCGCUGGAAGAACAAGGGGCCCCUGACAAGCGGCCUGCUCGAAUUGGUCGGCCUGCCGCGCAUCGACGACCGCCUGAACAAGAUCCCCGAGUACGUCGUGGCCAAGGCGGCCAACGGCGGGCUCGACCCCUUCGGCCCGGCCGGCCAGCCGCAUUUCGAGAUUGACUUUGUACCCAUGUUCUCGGACGCGUUCCAGUGGCAUAUCCCGGCGCCGGCGCGGGGGGAGUACCUGACGGUUAUUGUCGACCUGCUGCGGCCGCUGUCCAAGACGGGCACAGUUACGCUUAACUCGGCGGAUCCGCUGGAGCAGCCCAAGGUGAAUCUCAAUUUCUUUGCGGACGACCUGGAUAUUGUCGCUAUGCGCGAGGGUGUCCGCUGGGUGGAUGACUUGCUCAUGACGGGCGAGGGGAUGAGAGAGAUUAUUGGGGAGGACUACCCCUGGCCUAUGCCGCGCCACUCGGAUGAGGCGAUGAACAAGAUGAUUUUGGAGCGGUCACAGACUGGGUUCCACCCGUGCGGUAGCUUGCGCAUGGGCAAGGACAUCAAUCAGGGCGCGGUGGACAGCAAGCUGCGCGUCUAUGGCGUCGAGAAGCUGCGCGUCAUCGAUGCCUCGGUGAUUCCUGUCAUCCCGGAUUGCCGCAUCCAGAACUCGGUGUACAUGAUCGGUGAGAAAGGCGCCGACAUGAUCAAGGCAACGUAUCCGGAAUUGUAUGCCUGAUUGGCUCGGGCAUGGUUGCAGGGCCGGUGGUUUCAAGGUUUCAAGUAGCUCUCCCGAGGAUGUUUGUAUCGCCAUCUUGUUGCAUCCAUCGUUGGUCCUAUGGACAUGUAUUUAGUCCUGGCAUAGCAUCUCCUUAUUCCGUUAGACGUUAUGGACUCCUACCUUCAAGUCUCGCCCCGUUGAUAUUGAGGGUACCUUGACGAAUAUGGAUGUCAGAAAAAGCAACAAUACCGAAGCACUAUUGAGACCGAGUGACCGGUCCAGAUAGCGGCCGAAAGGAUUUGGGGUCUUGGACAGCAUCUGC